AUGAAAUCCCUUCCAAUAUUCAUUUUAUUGGUAAUUUUGAUUGCAUCAAAUGUCAGUGCUCAAUUUCAACCACAAGAAUUAAACUCGGUGAUAUGGUUACUCAAUCAAUACGGAGUUGCUACAAUUCCACAAACCGAAGCAGGAAUUUGUGCUAGCAGUCCCACAUUCACUUGUCAAAUGGGAACAGAUGGAUUUAAUCACAUCAUUACAAUUGAAAUAUUAAGUUCAGUUUAUCAAAACACAGGCGUACCACCACCAAUCACUGAAUUUUACUUUCCAUCACUUACCACUUUUAAAUUGGAUGUAGCAAAUACCGUUGCAGACCCUGGACUCAACAUACUGAGUCUAAUGAAAAACAUUCCACUUCUCACCUCCAUUUUUAUCCAUCGUGAUCUCUUUACCGAUAUUCCUACAGGAUUUGCAACCAACUGUCCUUUGCUGGUGGAUUUGAAAAUACUCCAAAAUCCAAACUUAGUAUCAAUUUCAAAUUUCUUUAGUCAAUCAAACAUUCAGAAAGUUAUUAUACAAGAUUCUCCCAUUUCCUCGAUCACAAUUGAUCAAACCACCUAUGUACCCAACCUCAUUAGCUUUAUUAUUGAUUUAGUUGUUGAUGUAGACUUGACACUUACUUUUACCGAGGCUGCAUUCCCAGCCCUAGUAUCUAUUAAUUUCAAAGCAACAAGUGCAACCAAAACAAUGAACGUCAUAUUUGAUCUCCCUGUUAAAUUUGUAGCUUCCUAUGUUCAAGAUAAAAAUUCAUUGGGUGCUAUUAACCCAACCUUUUCACAUCCAGAAACCAUUAUAGGUCUUGCAUACGGAGGUCCAAACUAUGUUUUAACACCAAGUAAUCUUGAUUUAUAUACCAGUUUGGAUAACCUUCAAAUUCUUUAUACUACUGUGACCACUUUCCCAGUGACCCCUUAUCCAAAAGUACCAUACUUUACUGUAUCUCAUGGUAAUUUACAAAGUUUACCAUCUGUUCCUAUACCAAUAACUGCACGUGAUUUUUCUUUUAGGGAGAAUCAACUUACAGGAGAUCUUCCAAGUAAUUUAUUGGCCAAUAAUCCAAAUAGAUUAAAAUUGGGCUUGUUUGAUAACCCCGGAAUUACAGGUACUUUGGGACAAGAGUAUUGCUACAUUGAAUCAAUUUCAAUUUCUAAUACUGGCCUCACUGCCAUCCCAGAUUGUUUUUGGUGUUAUAUGAUCAGUCAAGGAUAUGCUUUUGUAACUGAUCUCCAAAAACCAGCUACAUUGGAUUGCACUGUAACAGUUGACAAUUUAAAUUUAUUGUCAGUCAACGGACGUUAUAAUGUGACCGGCGAUUUAAUAGGGUGGGGAAGAGGUAUUGAUUAUGUCGAAGAUUUUAAACCAAAUAGGGCAUUAAUAUUCAAUGAUCCUUCUUUUCAAAUUAAGGGAUUAAAUUAUAAUCGAAUGAUUACUUUUAGUAGUACUGAUUUUACAUUUAAUAUUACUGAAGUUGGAUUCGCUUGCUAUAACCAAAUGUUGAUGAGCAACAACCUUUACAUGUUUGAAUAUAAGAUUACUUGUCAAAAUUUCAAUCCAACAAUGCCACCAACUAUCAAAUUGAAAUUUAGUGGACAAGAAUGUGUCAUCUCUAAAUAUGAUAAUGUUAAAUAUGAAAUCUUUUGUCUUUUGGUCAAUCCAAAAAUAGGAGCCGACACUUUUAUUAUUGCAAAUCAAUACCAUAGCAACGAGAUUGUGGUUUUUAUCAGUCAAAAUCCAGUUGUCACAUCGUUUACUUUGGAACCUCCAACAUACCCACCAACCUAUUUGAAUAUGUAUGGUUUAUUUAGUUUAAAUACAUCACCAGAAAACACUGUCAUCUACUUUAAUUACACAGCACCUGUGAUUGAAGAAUGGUUCAUGUGCAAUGUUACCUUUGUCAACACAACCUAUUUGAGAUGUAUAUUUACUAGAACACCAGACCCUGGUUUCCAAACCAUGUUUAUGUCAACCGAAUCUACCGCUGGUCAGUUCCAAUCAAAUACCAUUCCAUAUAUCCCAGCUCCAUUACCAACCAUUGAUAAUUGUAAAAACAUGACCAAUAACUGUCAUGGACAUGGUACUUGUGUAAAUGGUCAAUGUCAAUGUGAUGAAGGUUGGACUGAUUUUGAUUGUAAAAUCGAAAAAAAUCCUGCACCUGGAGUUAUUAUUCAACCAAAUUAUACAGAUCCAACAGUUAAUUUUACACAUGGAGAUUAUUCAUUUUCAUUCAAUUUAAUUUCAAUUCAAGAACUGGAUUAUGAAAACAAGCUCAUCAACGAAUUGGCAACCGAUAAAUGGAAUGUGACUUCAAACAACUCGACUGAUUUGACAAGUAUCUCUUAUCUUUUCAACAAUCAAAACAAAUCUUCAUUGUACGACUACCUUGUUGUCAAAUCAGUGGUUGAGUUUUCAAGCAAACCAAGAUCAAUCGAUUUUGGUGGUGACCUCAUCCAAAUAUCAGCUGGAUCAAUCAAGAUUGGUGUCAACAUUACCAAUUGGCCAUAUAAAUCACUCAUGUCAACACUCAGAGUAGUAUUCUCAACUGUUAUCAAUAACAACCAAUCGAUUGUCGGGUGUGACAAUUCGGUCAACACCAUUGACACUUUCCAACAAUCAGCAGACAAUGGAACACUUCAAUACCUCAGAGUUGUCAAAGACGAUGUUCAAUUCUUUGGUAGAUUCCUUGACUUUAUGGUGUCUGAUGGAAGAAAGACAUACUCCAAGACACAAGUUAUGAAUGUGACUGCUUAUGGUGAUGCUGCCAACAACCAAUCACUAGCCAUCAUUGGAAUACAUGUACCUCAAUGCACUGUUUGUCUAGUCGACCCAGAUUUCAGUGCAUUGUUAGUUGACCGUACCAACUAUGAUACCAGUGGAACAUGCACAACAUCUGAAAAGAAUGAAAAUUGGAAGAUUAUAGUUGGUAUUGUUGUAGGUGUGGUUGGUGCCAUCGCAAUAUCUAUUGGUACAUUCAUCUUUGUUAAAAAGAAUAGAAAGGUUAAAAAGUUUAAUACGAUGAUGGAGAAAAAGUUACAAGCUCUAAAUGCUCAAAAUGAUUCUAAAGCAUAA